AUGGAUUUCCCGGGAGCACCAGCACUGACGGUGCCACCGAGCCGCUGGGCCUGGCCGCGCUCCGGCCGCGGGGUGCGCGGGGGCUCCAUCGGCAUCGCUGCCGGCACGGGCUACGGCGCCUUUAAGCACCGGGGGGGCCACGGCGGCGCCCCCCCCCCCCCCCCCCCCACCGGCCCCGCUGCCUCCGGGCGCCUGCAGGAGCGGGGGGCCGGGACCACAGCCGCAGCGCCCCGGAGGAGGCUGGUUCGGGUUAAAGUGGUGAGGAGGAAGGUGGUGAAAAAGAAGGUGCUGAAGAAGAGGCCGAAGGCUCCAGCCAAGGAUGUGGCUGCUCCACAGGAGCCUUCGUGCCCCCCCCUGGGGCUGGAGUCACUGCGGGUGCAGGACUCGCAGCUCCGCGCCUCCAGCCACAAGCGCUACGGGCUGGGAGCGCACCGCGGCCGCCUCAACAUCCAGUCGGGGCUCUACGACGGGGACUUCUACGACGGGGGCUGGUGCGCGGGGCAGGAGGACGCGGGGCAGUGGCUGGAGGUGGAUGCUCGAGGUCUCACCAACUUCACCGGCGUCAUCACCCAGGGCCUCAACUCCAUCUGGACGUACGACUGGGUGACGUCCUACAAGGUCCAGGUCAGCAACGACACGUACACGUGGCACCCGUGCCGCAACGGCACCGAGGAGGCGGUCUUCCCCGGGAACAAGGACCCCGAGACGCCGGUGCUGAACGUGCUGCCGGAGCCGGUGGUGGGGCGGUACCUGCGCAUCAACCCGCAGACCUGGUUCCCCAACGGCACCAUCUGCCUGCGGGCUGAGGUGCUGGGCUGCCCGCUGCCCGACCCCAACAACAUCUAUGCCCAGCACAGCCAGCCCCUGCCCACCAGCAAGCUGGACUUUCGCCACCACAACUACAAGGAGAUGAGAAAGCUGAUGAAGCGGGUGAGCGAUGAGUGUCCCGACAUCACCCGCGUCUACAGCAUCGGGAAGAGCUACCUGGGCCUCAAGAUGUACGUCAUGGAGAUCUCGGACAACCCCGGGCAGCACGAAGUGGGAGAGCCGGAGUUCCGCUACGUGGCCGGGAUGCACGGCAACGAAGUGCUGGGCCGGGAGCUGCUGCUCAACCUGAUGGAAUACCUGUGCCGGGAGUUCCGGGCGGGCAACCCCCGCGUGGUGCAGCUGGUGACCGAGACCCGCAUCCACCUCCUGCCCUCCAUGAACCCCGACGGCUACGAGACCGCGUACAAGCUGGGCUCCGAGCUGUCAGGCUGGGCCAUGGGCCGCUGGACCUACGAAGGCAUCGACCUCAACCACAACUUCGCCGACCUCAACACGGCGCUGUGGGAUGCUGAGGACAACGACAUGGUGCCCCACGACUUCCCCAACCACUACAUCCCCAUCCCCGAGUAUUACACCUUCGCCAAUGCCACGGUGGCGCCGGAGACGCGGGCGGUGAUCGACUGGAUGCAGCGGUACCCGUUCGUGCUGAGCGCCAACCUGCACGGCGGGGAGCUGGUGGUCACCUACCCCUUCGACAUGACCCGCACCUAUUGGAAGGCGCAGGAGCUGACCCCCACGGCCGACGACGGCGUGUUCCGCUGGCUGGCCACCGUGUACGCCACGUCCAACCUGGCCAUGGCCAGCGAGGAGCGGCGCCUCUGCCACUACGACGACUUCACCCGCUUCGGCAACAUCAUCAACGGCGCCAACUGGCACACGGUGCCCGGCAGCAUGAACGACUUCAGCUACCUGCACACCAACUGCUUCGAGAUCACGGUGGAGCUCUCCUGCGACAAGUUCCCGCACGCCUCCGAGCUGCCGGCAGAGUGGGAGAACAACCGGGAGUCCCUCCUGCUCUACAUGGAGCAGGUUCACCGCGGGAUUAAGGGGGUGGUUCGGGAUGGAGACACAGAGCAGGGAAUCGCCAACGCCAUCAUCUCUGUGGAUGGCAUCAACCACGACGUCCGGACGGCUUUUGACGGGGACUACUGGCGGCUGCUGAACCCGGGCGAGUAUGAGGUGACGGCGCGGGCCGAGGGCUACGAGGCGGCCACGCAGCCGUGCCGGGUGUCCUUCGAGAACGUGCCGACCCCCUGCAGCUUCCGCCUGCACCGGACGCCGCGGCCGGGGGCACCGCGGCCGGGGGGGGCCCGCCUGCCCCCCGACCCGCCGCUGCGCCUGCAGCGACAGCGCCUGCGCCGCCUGCGCGCCCACCGCCGCGCACCGUGAGCGGGCGGCGGGCAGCCCCGGGGCCGCGGGCUCGGCGCGGGGGGGACCGGGGCAGCCGGAGCGGGCGCUCCCGCCGUCGCCGCUGUGCGGGACGCUGCCCAGUAAAGUUGGCUGCGCUGCC